GUAGCGGAACGCGUUGGUCGGUGAGCCGAGGCGGUCGCUUCGAGCUCGGUAGUUUGCUCCUUGAAGGGAGUGAGGGCGGUUGGGCGUACCUGGCCAUUUUUCCCUCCCUUGGGAGAUGUCCUUUGCCUCUCAGAUGUAAUGCACUUUAAGUUUGUUAUUCAACAGUGAAAAUGAGUCAUACAGAGGUUAAAUUAAAAAUACCUUUUGGAAAUAAAUUACUAGAUGCUGUUUGUUUGGUACCUAACAAGAAUUUAACGUACGGAGUAAUUCUUACACAUGGAGCAUCAGGAGACAUGAAUCUUCCUCAUUUGAUGUCACUGGCAUCCCAUCUUGCAUCUCAUGGGUUUUUCUGCCUGAGAUUUACCUGUAAAGGCCUUAAUAUUGUACAUAGAAUUAAGGCAUAUAAAUCAGUUUUGAGUUACCUUAAGACCUCAGGAGAAUACAAACUUGCAGGUGUUUUUCUUGGAGGUCGUUCAAUGGGUUCAAGAGCAGCUGCUUCUGUAAUGUGUCAUAUAGAGCCAGAUGAUGCUGAUGAUUUUGUUCGAGGUCUCAUUUGUAUUUCUUAUCCACUUCACCAUCCAAAACAGCAGCAUAAACUCAGAGAUGAAGAUCUCUUUCGUUUAAAAGAUCCUGUUCUAUUUGUGUCAGGCUCAGCAGAUGAAAUGUGUGAAAAGAAUUUGUUGGAGAAAGUGGCACAGAAAAUGCAAGCUCCUCACAAAAUCCACUGGAUUGAGAAGGCAAAUCAUUCCAUGGCAGUGAAAGGACGGUCAACAAAUGAUGUUUUCAGAGAAAUAAAUACACAGAUUUUGUUUUGGAUUCAAGAAAUCACUGAAAUGGACAAAAAAUAGUUGUCAUUAGUUAAAAGCCAUGCUAUUUUGAAUACAAAUACAGUUAAUUUGAUAAAGAACGUUUAACUCAGCAUUAUGAGAUACAUUGCAGACUAACUUAAGGUUCUUUAAUGUUUCCCUUUUUAAAAUAUGUUUUAAUUGUGAAAUUAAUGUCUUUUACAACAUUUCUUUUCAAAGCACUGUUAUAGUUGUAUAAAGAUGAUGUACAAAUAUAAUUUAUUUUCAUUAGUAUAGUUGAGUUUUUAAAAAAUUAAACAUUUGGAUUUUGUUA